UCUUGUAGCAGCUGGCUAAUGAUUGAUUUAAAUAUAACAAUUGUGUUUCCAAAUACAUGUCCCGAUAAAGGCUUUAUCAAGUGAUCUAAAAUAUGUUUAUUUAGAGAUGUACAGGCUAAGAUUGUCAUAAUUCAGUAUUAACAAGCGACCAGUUAGCUAGCUAACAUUGGUCCAGCUAGCAUCAAAAUAGCUAUAAACCUCGCAUAACUGGUAAAUAUUCAAAUACAUGAAUCAUUCGUGUUUAUUGUGCACUUACUCGCUACUAAGAAGCUGUAUUGUUUUCUAGUGAUGAACAACAGUGCUUGAUGUGUAGCUAUUGAAAAUUAUGGAUAGAUUUUCAUGCCUUUAUCAUGCAUACAAGGAGGGCAACCAGUGCCUGAGGACUAGCGAGGCGAUAUCCUCUAUUAGAAUCCUAGAGUGAAACACUUACACACUUGUCUCUAACGUGUAAACUCAGCAUUCCUGAACAGGCUAUUAACAGUCAGAAUGUUGAAUAAACUUCCCCUUUAACUUACUUUACCUGUUGUCCAAUUAAUUUGACUUUAUGUAAGAGGUAAUCUGAGUCUAAAUAGCCACAGGGAAGUGUUAUUAGCCCGUUUUUCAGUACACUGGUCUGUACAGUAAAUGGUUGGUAUUUCCGGUUUUUAUUUUCAAUACUGAUGCAAUUCGCACGUGACAAACACUUGCACAACCUACCAGCGCCGCAAAAGUCGGUUUAACAACCCUUUCCACCCUCCUACCGCCAAAAGGACAAACAGCAGUAAUGGAGUUCCCCCAGCACGCCCUGCAGCUCCUGUCAGGCCUGCGUUCUCAGCGUCAGCGUGGGUUCCUGUGCGACUGCACCGUCUUCGUGAGUUCCUCACGUUUCCUGGCCCACCGCGCUGUCCUGGCCUCCUGCUCGCCAUUCUUCCACAUGUUCUACUCUGAUCCCCCAGGGGGCACCGGGGCCAGCUCGGUCACACUGGACGGGGACAUCGUGACGGCGGCGGCGUUCAGCCUGUUGUUAGACUUCAUGUACGAGGGUGUGCUGAGGUUGGAGACCCCUCCCCCAGCAGAGGACGUGCUGGCGGCGGCAAGCUUCCUCCACAUGAACGAGGUGGUCCGGGUGUGUAAGAGACGGCUACAGCACCGACCGCCACCAGCUGAGGCAGACAGCACGCGCCCGGAGGAUAGCGGAGUGGCGGUGGUGGGUGCUAGUGGACCCGGAGUUGGCAUGGUGGCAACAGGAGCUGCCAAAGCGGUGGCUAUGGCGAUGUCAGUAUCUCAGUCUGCGUCAGUGGCGAUGCAGAGAAGCCAGUUGGGCUGUUAUACGAGGUCAGAGAGGAGGGUGGAGGUUCAUGCACACGCCCCUCUGAGUCCUGACAUGGCCGACACCACCCAGCCGGGCAUGGACCACGCCCUCCUUCAUGUGGGUGAGCUGGUUACCCUCUCCUCCGGUGCCUCUCUCAGGCUGGGAGGUCAGAGAGAGGGUCAGGGGGGCUCGGCCCUUUGCAGCCCCUGCAGCUCCACAGAGUCAUACAAUCUCAGCAGCCACCAUCGCCAGCCCUCUUCAUCAGCAGGUGCAUCAUCAGUGGUACCUGUGACCCAGACUGAUGGCUCCAGCUCCAUGGUGGGGAUACUGACCCAGUCUGACCACAGCAGCUCCUCCAGCCCAGAACAGGACAGCCAUGACCCUGUCUCUAACAAGAGCACAGUCAUCACACCAGGCAUACAAUGCCAGCAGCAUGGUCUCAGUAUCAACACACACCCUCAGAUUAGAAUACAGCCUCCACACUCACUCCUCACCUCACCUCCCAACCUGAACCUUGUAACCCAUCAGAGCCAAACCUCAGCUCUGUCCAGGCCUGACGGGCUGCAGCAUGGGGGGUCAGAGAGGGAGAGCAAGGAGGCUAGUGAACACUCUAACAUGGGGACUGUGAGAGUGGAGGAGGUGGAGCAGGGGGAAGGAGUGAAGGUAAAGGUGGAGGCCAUAGUGAUCUCAGAUGAGGAGUUUGAGGAGAUGGAAGGAGUGAUGAUAAGGAGAGGAAUGAAUGGGGGUAGAGAACGAGGGAUGAUGGAGGUAGAGGACAGGAAUGAGUUUAACGAUGAUAAUAAAGACAGAGAUGAACUGAACAACCCCCACUUCCUCCCUCCUCACCCCGCCUCACUCCAGAUGACCCACUCCCACCCCUCUGAGCCUUUCUCCUUCUCUUUCUCCCCCUCCGGACCCAGCUCCACCUCUUCUGAUGCUCCCCCUUUCCCAUCCUCCCUCUUCCCCUCCGUGGGCCAACAUUCCGACCAGCCCGUCUACUUCCAGGAUUCCAUGGGAAACUAUGUCGAGGACGUCCCCACGUGCAGUGUCUGUGGGAAGACAUUCUCGUGCGCGUACACCCUGAGGCGACACGCCAUUGUGCACACACGUGAGCGCCCCUACGAGUGCCGCUACUGUUACCGUAGCUACACGCAGUCAGGUGACCUGUACCGCCACAUUAGGAAGGCUCAUGACUCCAGCCUGCCAGCCAAACGCAGUAAAGGAGACACUGAGGAGGGCCAGCCUCCACACAGCUAACACACACAGCUAGCUGUAUACUUCUCCAUACUACGCAGAAUGACACAUUAUUUAUGCCUUCCCCCUUCCAACAUCAGACAUCCUGGUCUUGCAUGUCCAUGGCAAUGAUCUGAGAUACUUCCAAAUGAUCUGGCAUACUUCCAAUGAUCUGGGAUACUUCGAAUGAUCUGGGGAACUUCCAAACGAUCUGGGGAACUUCCAAACGAUCUGGGAUACUUCCAAACGAUCUGGGAUACUUCCAAAUGAUCUGGGAUAUGUCAGAUACAUGUUUCCCUCCGCCAGGAUGGUCUUUUCAGACAUGCCCAUUCCCGGGACUGAGUAGGCCCGGUGCUCAGUCAACAAGCUGGUGCUGGCAUUCCUAAAGGACCGGGGCUGGUGGUGUUUUAGCUAUUUUAAAUGGGACUUUCAGGACUUUAGUCUUUUACAUUUUGUACCAGUUGUCUUACUAUGACCUCAGUGCCAAAAUACUUUGUGUACUGUACUAUGUUAUAUAUUCCAGAUAAAUUGCCAGUUGUCAAGGGUACUGUUUUUUGUCAACACUAAUAGCGUAAUGGUCUGUGAUAGUUCUACCUGUAAGUCUCCAUUGUUGCGAACUUUUACAAUUGGCUGAAUAUCACUACUACUUCAUUGCUGUGAAUAGAACACAUUUCUUCAGUCUAACAUACUAUUAUACAUUCCCUUCCAUUGGAGUACUGUUCAAUAAAUGACUUCCAACACGA